GCCACGGUAUCUGUAUCAGCUGCAGACCUACAGUUCGGUCAACCUGUUCAUGAGACUCACCCACAUCUUUUGAGAGCCGGAGAAAUUACGCCAGGUAUUACUGCCCAAGAAUAUUCGGAUCGAAGGUCGAGGCUUGCGGCGAGCCUACCAGAGAAAGGAGUAGCGAUCUUGGCUUCUUCCAACACGAAAUACAGAUCCGGCGCUGUCUUCUACGAAUUUCACCAAGAACCGAAUUUCUUCUACCUGACUGGUUUCAAUGAGCCUGAAGCUGUAGCCGUCAUACAGAAAGUUGGGCCCAAGUCUUCUGCCGACUACACUUUUCACUUGUUUUUGAGGCCGAAAGAUGCCAAAGCAGAACAAUGGGAUGGUGCUAGAACCGGAGAGCAGGCUGCUUUGGAUGUGUUCAAUGCCGAUGAGUCCGGAGAUGUGAACCAUCUGCAUACAUUACUUCCUCCUCUCAUUGCAGGAGCUAGCGAAGUCUACACAGAUAUAGCAAAGUGCUCUGGCUUUGGACGAUUCUUCCGAGACCAAGAUGCGGAGCCCAACGAUUUUCAGAAGAUGAUCAAGGGUAGCAAAGUCAAGGCAUUGAAGCCUCUGAUACACGAGUUGCGGAUCAUCAAGAGUGAAGCCGAAAUUACCAAUAUGCGUAUGGCUGGAAAGUUUUCUGGGCGCGCUUUCACAAAUGCUAUGCGGCAACAGUGGACGAGAGAGAAAGAUUUAGGAGCUUUCUUGGAUUACAACUUCAAAAUUGGAGGUUGUGAUACAACUGCAUAUGUUCCAGUCAUUGCAGGAGGCAAGAAUGCCUUGAGUAUCCAUUAUGUCCGCAAUUACGAUGUGCUUCAAAAUCAUGAGAUGGUCCUAGUGGAUGCGGGAGGAGAGUAUGGUGGCUAUAUUGCGGAUAUCACCCGUUCAUGGCCAAUAAGCGGAAAGUUCUCUGAUCCACAACGGGAUCUCUACGAAGCCAUUCUACGUGUUCAGCGAAGCAGUAUAUCACUAUGUCGAGAGAGUGCUAAUAUGACAUUGGAUAAAAUCCAUCAAAUCACUGAACAUGGACUGAAGGAGCAGCUGAAGUCAUUGGGCUUCGACGUAAACGGCAAUGCUAUGGACAUCCUGUUCCCACACCACGUUGGGCAUUAUAUUGGCUUGGAUGUACAUGAUUGUCCUGGGUAUGCUCGGUCAGUACCAUUGAAAACUGGUCACUGCGUUACCGUUGAGCCCGGUAUAUAUGUUCCUGAUGAUGAGCGUUGGCCAAAGCAUUUCAGAGGUCUAGGGAUCCGGAUCGAGGAUAGCGUUUGUGUACAAGAUGAUUCCCCUCUUAUUUUGACGACAGAAGCUGUCAAAGAAGUUGUAGAUAUUGAGGCACUACGAGAUUAG